UCCGAUGCAAACCUGCGCUGACAAUUCAGCCGUAACGACGAUAUCAAUCGACGUUUCCUUUUCUACCAUUUUGGCGACCCCGGCGCGAUUGCAUCCAAUUGACCAAGCUUUCUCCUUUUACUGCUAAUUAGGACCUCGACGGUUUUCAACGAGCGAAUCGUGGCCACGAAGGGCCAGUCUGGCGGACACGUCGGGUUGAUCGGGCUCUGCCCGCAACUCCCCCAAAAUGGCGAAAGCUGACGACGAGAUUGAUCCGGUCGACAAGACUAACAGAUCGAGAUGGGCGACUCGAAAACUCACCGUCAAGAGCGGUGGAUUGAAGAGGAUUUCCCUCAUGGACCGAAUACACAAGUCGACUGGUUCAACGGAAAAGAAACGCCAUUCAGGUGGCAGUCAAUCCACGGAAGACAACACUCAAUACGAUAGCGCCACCGCGACCGAUCAGAAUGAGCAGUCCGAUGCUAAGAGCACGACAUCAUCUACGGAUGACGGGGAAGGGAGGCAGGUAUAUUUCAAUCUACCAUUGCCUGACGAGUUGAAAGACGACGAGGGACUUCCUAUUCGUACAUACGCCAGGAACAAGAUCCGGACCGCUAAAUAUACGCCAUUGUCUUUCAUCCCUAAGAAUUUGUGGUUCCAAUUCCACAAUAUCGCCAACAUAUUCUUCCUUUUCAUGGUUAUCCUUGUGAUCUUUCCCAUUUUCGGAGGAGUCAAUCCUGGACUCAACGCAGUGCCUUUGAUAUUCAUCAUAGCCGUGACAGCCGUCAAAGACGCGAUUGAAGAUUAUCGCCGGACGAUUCUCGACAACGAAUUGAAUAAUGCACCCGUUCAUCGCCUAGUAGGGUGGGACAAUGUCAAUGUUACCGCGGAUAAUGUCUCAUUAUGGAGGAAGAUCAAGAAGGCUACAUCUAGAAACAUGGCAGCAUUCUGGCGUUUGAUUCAAAGCAUCUGGAAGAAGGACGCUAAAAAGGAUAUGUUGGAGCCUUCGGGGGAUCCGCGUGUUUCCGUCGAAACUAAGGCGACACGUCGCGAAUCUAUGCUGUCCCCUCGUACCGAUAGGACAUCCUAUGUAUCUGCAUACGAAGACAUCCAGAUGACGCCGGUUACGUCCCCUCUCCCGCCUCACUCUCCUGUUCCCCAGAAAGAUUUUCUUGAGGUCACCGAGCGCCCGACCUCCGGCCAAUCGUACAACCCAGACGAAGUGGAGAUGAUCGCUAGAGUCAAGGGCGAUCUCAUCAACCACGAGAUGACGCCUACGGGCAAUGCUAGAUUUCACAAGGAUCACUGGAAGAACUUGCAGGUCGGCGAUUUUGUGCGACUCUAUAAUGAUGACGAACUUCCUGCGGAUAUCAUUGUCCUCUCUACGUCCGAUUCAGACGGCGCAUGCUACGUAGAGACAAAGAAUCUGGAUGGAGAAACUAACUUGAAGGUUCGCCAAGCGCUUCGAUGUGGACGAACGUUGAAGCAUGCCAGGGAUUGCGAGCGCGCUCAGUUUUGCGUCGAGAGCGAGCCUCCUCAGCCCAACUUAUACAAAUACAAUGGUGCUAUCAAAUGGGAGCAGAUGUUGCCGCAUGGUCCUAAGGAAAUGUCGGAGCCGAUAACCAUCGACAACAUGCUUCUCCGUGGUUGCAACUUAAGAAACACCGAAUGGGUUCUUGGUAUCGUCAUGUUUACCGGUCACGAUACCAAGAUCAUGAUGAACGCGGGUAUUACGCCGAGCAAACGUGCUCGUAUCGCACGAGAGCUCAAUUUCAAUGUUGUGUGCAACUUCGGUAUUCUCGGUGUAUUGUGUCUCCUCUGUGCCGUUGUCAACGGAGUCUCGUGGGCCAAGAGCGAUGCAUCGACUGCUUGGUUUGACUACGGUUCUGUUGGUGGUACGCCCGGUAUGACCGGAUUUAUCACCUUCUGGGCCGCGCUUAUCAACUUUCAAAACUUCGUCCCGAUCUCCCUCUAUAUCUCGCUUGAAAUUGUGCGAACGCUGCAGGCUAUCUUCAUCUACAGCGAUGUCGAGAUGUACUACGACAAGAUUGACUAUCCUUGUGUUCCGAAGUCAUGGAACAUUUCGGACGAUGUUGGCCAGAUAGAGUAUAUCUUCUCGGACAAGACUGGAACCCUCACGCAAAACGUCAUGGAAUUCAAGAAGGCUACGAUUAAUGGUCAGCCGUAUGGAGAAGCCUACACCGAGGCGCAAGCUGGCAUGCAGAAGCGCUUGGGUAUCGACGUGGCCAAGGAAGCUGCUAAAGCUAGGGAACAAAUUGCCGCUGGAAAGAUACAUGCGUUGGAAGGGCUGAGGAAGAUCCAUAACAAUCCGUACUUACACGACGAUGAUGUAACGUUCAUCGCGCCUGACUUUGUCGACGACCUGCGGGGAGAAUCUGGUGAGGAACAAAAGGAAGCAAACGCGCAUUUUAUGCUAGCGUUGGCUCUCUGUCAUACCGUCAUCGCAGAACAUUCCCCUGGUGACCCUCCGAAGAUCGAGUUCAAGGCCCAGUCCCCAGAUGAGGCAGCUCUUGUAUCAACUGCUCGUGACAUGGGAUUCACUGUCCUUGCGCAGACGAGCGAUGGCAUCAAACUGAAUGUGAUGGGAGAAGAAGUACACUACCCGAUCCUCAACACGAUCGAAUUCAACUCCAGCCGAAAACGUAUGAGUGCUAUCGUUAAAAUGCCUGAUGGCCGAAUUAUCCUGUUCUGCAAAGGUGCGGACAGCAUCAUCUACUCGCGUCUCAAGCGCGGAGAGCAGGCGGAACUGCGCAAAACUACCGCCGAGCAUCUCGAGAUGUUCGCCCGGGAAGGUCUACGAACUCUAUGCAUAGCCCAACGUGUACUAUCCGAGCAAGAAUAUCUGGAAUGGCGCAAGGAGCACGACAAGGCCGCCACUGCCAUGCAGGAACGAGAAGAAAAAUUGGAGCUAGUCGCAGACAAGAUCGAACAAGAGCUUACUCUACUGGGUGGUACUGCUAUCGAGGACCGACUUCAAGAUGGCGUACCUGAUACUAUCGAAUUGCUUGGCCGCGCUGGUAUUAAGCUGUGGGUGUUGACCGGGGACAAGGUCGAGACUGCUAUCAACAUCGGAUUCUCAUGUAACCUGUUGAACAACGAUAUGGAACUGAUUAACCUCAAAUUAGAGGAGGAUGAGAGUGGCAAAACUAGUGACGACGUAUUCCUCAGCCAGAUCGACGAGGAACUCGACAAGCAUCUCAGGACGUUCGGUAUUAGUGGCAGUGAUGAAGAUCUGAUCCUCGCCAGAAAGAACCACGAACCCCCUGCACCGACCCACGCUCUGGUAAUUGACGGGUUCACGUUGAGGUGGGUGCUGAACGAUAGGCUCAAGCAGAAGUUCUUGCUUCUUUGCAAGCAAUGCGCAUCGGUUCUCUGUUGUCGUGUCAGCCCUGCCCAAAAGGCUUCGGUCGUAUCUAUGGUCAAGAAUGGUCUCGAUGUCAUGACGUUGUCCAUUGGAGAUGGCGCCAACGAUGUUGCCAUGAUCCAGGAAGCGGAUGUUGGCGUGGGUAUUGCUGGUGUAGAAGGUCGCCAAGCUGUCAUGUCUGCAGAUUAUGCCAUUGGCCAAUUUCGAUUCCUACAACGACUUGUUCUGGUGCAUGGUCGUUGGUCGUACAGAAGAAUGGCUGAAGCGAUCGCCAAUUUCUUCUACAAGAAUAUGGUCUGGUGUUUGAGCAUUCUUUGGUUCCAAUGCUUCUGCAAUUUCGACAUCACAUAUCUCUACGAGUACACUUACAUCAUUCUCUUUAACCUUAUCUUCACCUCCGUACCUCCAAUCGUCAUCGGUGUCCUCGACCAAGACGUGUCUGACGCGGUCUCUCUGGCUGUUCCUCAACUUUACAGACGCGGCAUUGAGCGCCUUGAAUGGACUCAGCACAAGUUUUGGAUGUACAUGAUCGAUGGUGCCUAUCAAAGUGUGAUGAGCUUCUUUAUCGCGUACCUAACCUUUGCCCCCACUUCGGCCGUCACCGCCAACGGAUUGGAUAUAGGCGAUCGAUACCGGCUAGGCGCCUAUGUUGCUCAUCAAUCCGUCAUCACGAUCAACCUCUACAUUCUCAUCAACACCUACCGAUGGGAUUGGCUUACCUUGUUGAUCAUCGCCGUCAGUGACCUUCUAAUAUUCUUCUGGACCGGCGUCUAUAGUUCGUUCACGUAUUCGGGUACGUUUUAUGGCGCUGCUCCACAGAUUUAUGCCGAAGCUUCUUUCUGGGCCUGUUUGAUUGCUACUCCUAUCAUUUCGCUAGCUCCGCGUUACGCCGUCAAAGCUCUUCGUAAAGUCUUCAUUCCUCGCGACGUGGACAUUAUUCGGGAGCAGGUUGCCAUGGGUAAAUUCGACCAAAUAGAGAAGGAAGAUGAAAGUGAGGUUGUGGCAAAGUCAACUUCCUCACACUCGUCAGAGUCCUCCCGACACAGACGGCAUAAGCAAUUUGCGAGUGUAGAUGAAGAUCUUAGACCUAUCUAUCCGCCUUCGGUUGCAACGCAAUCUGUUGUCGGGCAUAACGCUCGCAGUCAGAACGGUAGUGACGGUACUAAUUACACGAGACAUGAGCCCUCCAUUGACGUGCCCGUAAUGCAACCCGUGGAUCCGGCUCCGGAUCCUCCGGUACGUCAAUCUUGCGAUCGUGUUCGUCCUUCUUAUGAUCGAAUGCGGGCUUCGAUGGAUCGGGUUCGGAUGAGUUACGAAAUGUCUAACGAUUUCACUUCGGCUGCUAUGUUGAGUAGAUUCGAAUCUACUCGUUCCGGUCCCGAUUCUUCGCAACCACCAAGUGAGGGUAUUGUCAGUCGGAUACGAAGGCGAACCCGUGGCAAAUCCUUCAAGGCAGCUUUCGCCCAUCACAAGGAUAAUAAUAUUCACGAACAUGAAUGAAGAGUAUCAACCCAACAUCCAUGGCGAGCUUUGUAAGAUAGUGCGGUACUCUAA